GUCUUGUUGAGACACACAAGAGAACAAUAAAUGAAUUUGUUUCUAUCAACAGGUUCAGAUCCCGUACAAGUCUUUCUCGAUAGGAUAUUUGGUAAAAUAGCAUCAAAGCAAUUCAACUCCAGAUGCAGUUGUAUUCUUUCUACUUUACCGGACUUUUUAUUUUCUUCUAUUAAUAAGGCUUUUGAUACUCUCGCUUCAUCUUGCUCAUCUUGCUCAUCUUGCUAUUGUUCUAUAGAAAAAUGGCUUUCUUUGUCCGCCCUUCCAAAUACCGCCACGUCUACGGUACCUGUGCCAAAAGAGACUUUUGUUAUGACAAUGUUCGCGUCAGUGCAAACGCUUGGGACACAAACAUGGUGAAGGCCAAUCCUCUUUUCAUUUCCGUCAAUUGGCAAGCCUCUGGUGGCGGUGCUUUUGCUGUUCUUCCUCACUCUCAAGUCGGCAAGUUACCCGAUAACUAUCCUCUCUAUAGAGGUCACACAGGUCCUGUCCUUGAUACUGAUUUCAAUCCUUUUAACGAUUAUGUCAUUGCUUCCGGAUCUGAAGACAGUAAAAUCAUGAUCUGGAAUAUCCCUGAAGAAUACGCUGAAGAUCAAAUUGAAGUUACUCCCGUCUUGAAAUUAUCUGGUCACAGUCGUAAGGUUGGCCAUGUUCUUUUCCAUCCUGUUGCGGAAAACGUUUUGGCUUCUAGCAGCACUGAUUUGACUAUCAAAUUAUGGGAUAUUGAAAAGGGCGUUGAAAAGCAAGAAAUUACAGGUCACAAUGAAAUCAUUCAAUCCAUCGCUUGGAAUUACAAUGGUUCUCUUAUGGCAACCACUUGUAGAGACAAAAAGCUUCGUAUUUUCGAUGUGCGCACCAACAAGAUUGUUCAAGAAGGCCCUGGUCAUCAAGGUAUUAAGGGAUCCCGUGUAGUCUGGCUUGGUGAUAUGGAUCGUUUGGCCACUACUGGUUUCUCCCGCAUGAGUGAUCGUCAAUUGAAUUUGUGGAACACUUCUGAUUUGUCUAAGCCUAUCAAAUCUGAGUUCUUGGAUACUUCUUCUGGUGUCAUCAUGCCUUUCUAUGAUCCCGAUACCAAGAUGUUGUAUCUUGCUGGUAAGGGUGAUGGUAACAUUCGUUACUAUGAAUAUGACAAUGAUGCUUUGUAUCUUCUCUCUGAAUACAAGGCUAUUGAACCUCAAAGAGGUAUGGGCUUCUUGCCCAAGCGUGCUGUUCAAGUCAAUGAAUGUGAAGUUGCCAGAGCAUACAAAGUUGGUACUACCUUGAUUGAACCUAUUUCAUUCACUGUCCCUAGAAAGUCUGACGCCUUCCAAUCUGAUAUCUUCCCUCCCUGUCUUAGUGACGAGCCUGCUCUUACUGCUGAUGAAUGGUUUGAGGGCAAGAAUGCUAACCCCAAGUUGAUUGAUCUUGAAGUUGGUUUCACUGCCAAGGCUAAGAAAGAAUUCACACCUUCUGCUCCUGUUGAAGAACCCAAGCCUGAAGCCUCUAACACAACCACUUCUGUACCAAGAAGCUUACAACCAAGCCACCAAAGAAAACGAAGAAUUAAAGAGUCAAAUCAGUCAAAAGGAUACAAAGAUUCGUGUUCUUGAAAUCGAACUUGACAAACUCAAGACGGAACUGGCUGAAUUAGCUUUGGCCAAAAAGAAUGAAGCCAAGGCUGCUGAGCAAGCAGAGACGGUCAAGGUUGAACAACCUAAAGUAGAAGAACCUAAGAUUGAAAAAGUAGAAAAGGUCGAAGAACCCAAGAUCGAAGAACCCAAGGUCGAAGAAUCCAAGAUCGAAGAACCCAAGGUCGAAGAGCCAAAGGUCGAAGAAUCCAAGAUCGAAGAACCCAAGGUCGAAGAACCCAAGGUCGAAG